AUGUCCGUCUCCGGCCCCGGCCCCGUCAAUAUCACCCUCCCCGUCCCCGUCUCUACGUCUAUAGUUGACGCCGACUACAUGCCUGAGACUGUCCCCGAAUAUAUAAAGAACAUGGUUAUCGACAAAGGCGUGCUCUUUGUCGACGUCCUCAAUGCAGGCGCCAAGGUUGACACCGGUCUCGAGGACGAGGAGGCUACCAAUCGCGGCCUUAUCAAGAACCACUGGAUGCUCCGCGUGUACGCCGACUUUGGUCAAGGCGGUCGCAAGGACAUUGGCCAAAUCAAGUUCGGCAUGGAUGUCGACCGUGCUGCCAGCGUCGGCUCGAACGAGGGCCAAUACGCCAGGAGCAACCGCUCCGACCCUGACGCCGGCUCGGAUGUGGUCUAUAGUCCCGUCAGCAGCAGCUUCGGCAAGCCCCCUGCUCCGAGCAGCGACGACGGCGUUCCGGCUGCUCUCCCUCUUGUCCCUGCUACUGGCAAAGGUAGUCACGAUUCGCACUACUCGCAGUCGCCGUCGCCUGUUGUUAGCGACGUGGAGAGUGUCGGUAAGCCGCCCGACAUCGCGUCUAGUGACGGGUUCCGUUUCCAGCAGCCCACUGAGGGUGCUCCCCAUCCUGGUGUCUUCAACAUAAAGGUCCGCGGUCGUACUGAGCCCUCUCGUGCCAUCGUCGUUGUCUUCAAACUCGCUCUCAUCCCCGACAUCACCUUUGGCCAGCUUCUCGAGGCCCUUCUUCACCGCAAUAUGUUGCCCUUCUUUUUCAGGAAGAUUGGCCACCCAUCCUCUGACUUUCUUCUUCGUCGUUUCUCCAGCUCUCAAGCCAUCGUUGCAUGGUUUCACGACGCCUUUUUGGCCUCUCGCGAGGUUGAUAUGAUCUUGAGUGACCCCGAGGCAGCAGGCGACAUCGUGCUCGAUGACAAGGAUAUCUUCGCCAUGCUGGUUUAUCGCUGGACCAACCCCCGUGUCCCCAUCAGCGACCCCAGCAUCCCCGGCCCCGUUGUUCUGGCCAGGCGCAGUGCUGCCCGCAGCCUCAACCUUAUCGACCGCGCGGUCUGGCCGGCCAACUUCGUCCACGUCGAGCACGAGAAGCUCAGGUACAACCAAGUCAUCACAACCUCCGCCGCUUGA